UACCUUGUUAUGAGACUCGUUGCCAUUCCCCACUCCUUUGUCUCAACACAGAUCCUGAAGCAGCAGAGUGCAACCACACGCCUUAAAGCUUUGCUCUACCACCAAGACACAGUAUGGAAGCCAUUGCCAAGUUUGAUUUCAAUGCUUCUGGAGAGGAUGAGUUGAGCUUCCAAGCUGGGGAUAUGCUGAAGGUAUUGAGCUCGCAGGAAGAGUGGUACAAGGCUGAGCUCAGAAGUCAAGAGGGCUAUGUUCCGAAGAACUUCAUUGAUUUUCACGUUCCCCCCUGGUUUGAUGAGAGGAUAUCCCGCCAUGAAGCAGAGAACAUCCUCAUGAGCAAAGGAGUUGGCUCUUUCAUCGUCCGAGCCAGUCAGAACUCUCAUGGUGACUUCUCCAUCUCUGUCAGGCAUGAAGAUGAUGUGCAACACUUCAAAGUGAUGAGGGAUUCAAAGGGUAACUAUUACUUAUGGACAGAGAAAUUCCACUCGCUAAACAAGCUGGUAGACUACUACAAGACAACUUCCAUUUCCAGGCAGAAGCAGAUCCUCCUGAGGGACAACAGCCGAGAAGAGAAGGAGAGGCAUGGUGGUAGCUUGGAACGGAUGGGCAGGGAAGGAUUCCAUCUGGGUGGAGCAGCUGGAGAAGACCAUUCUUCUAUAUCCAGGAGAUAUGUAGAGCAUCCUAUCCCCAUACUGCAGCAGCAACAGGAUAGAUACAGUGGGAGUCUGGACAGGAAAGAUGGGCUGCAUGGACUAAGGGAUCAUGGCCAAGCAAGUGCAGUAGCUAUGCAACGGAGACACACAGACCCGCUUCAGCAGCAGACACCGCGAACGCUAUGGGUCCGUGCCUUGUAUGACUUUGAUGCUGUGGAGCACGACGAGCUGGGCUUCCGCAGUGGAGACAUCCUGGAGGUCCUGGACAGCUCCAAUCCAUCAUGGUGGAAAGGACGUCUGCGUGGCGAACUGGGUCUCUUUCCUGCCAACUAUGUCACACCGGUGCUCCUGUGAGGGUAAAGCCUGCCCCAGAGGGACCGUGUUGCAGCUGCUCUUCUAACGUGACAGGGACAGAAGAGGGAGUGCAUCUUCCCUUGCCCUCAGGACUUACGUCGGGUUUGGUUCUGUCUUAAUUUAUUGGCAAUUGAUCUUUUGAAAUGUUGGUAUGAAAAGUAACCCUUUGAAGAAGAUAGGAAUUGUUUUCCCCUAUAUUUCACAUCCAUGAAGGGGAAGGAGCAAAAAUCCUGGACUGUUCACUGAGACUUUGCUGGAUCCUCCCUGACCUGUCACUUCUUUGGCUAAGUAUUCAUAACUUCCUGCAAUUAGGUUUGACCUGUGGAAAUGAAUCUCAGACAAGCCAGGAUUCGGUAUUUGGGUAGCCCUGACCCCUUCCUUUUAUAUCUGGUAGCAUUUGUAGUCUCUUCAGGCUCCAUCUCACCUUUCUUUCAGAGGCAGGAGGAACACCCAGCUGAAUUCAAUGGUCAUGUUAAUCCUUCAGGUAGGGAAGGAAAAUGAUGGGACCCUGGGCUGAGGUGAAAGGCAACCUUGACUUUUCUAAAUAGUUUCUGGCUUACACCUCUAGAAAUUUCUGUGGGUAUGGACUGUAUGAAGGGAAAGGGUCCUGUACAAACAAACCAGUGAUGACAGUAUGGGAGGGUGAGAUGCUACUUUAUUUGCUGCUUCUGAUAGUCCCGUUCUUCUUUCUGUGCCACAUAAUAACAACUUGUUCCAUUUUCAAGCUACUCCGUGAGCUAUCUAUGCUUCUAUUGGACACUCUGGUUAGAGCAGGUCAGGCCCUUCAGCUAAAUUAAUACCCAGUCGAUUGGACAACAACAAAUAUUCCUCACUGAUUCCUGUUGUAAAACUGAACUGGGGAGGGGUUAGAGAGAAGAGGUUUUUCUGGCUUGGUGGUAGAAGUUCUUUCCCUGAGAACGUGAGGUGUUCAGGAUGACUGUGUACACAACUCUAACUUGCUAGUGGAAUGCCUCAUCCAACAGGUUAAGCUGUUGCCUUACGGUUUGCAGAGAAUAAAGUUGUGGCCAUCAAA